AUGAGUAAUAAUGAGUUGGCUUUCCUGAAGCAAGUUUUCUAUCGAGUAUAUGAUUUUGCAAACGAGGUUAAAUUUAUCUACCCAGAUGCUUAAUUAAAUCAUCCACAAUAGUCAUACAGAAAUAGCAUUUAUGGUCAUUACAAUCAGCAUCCAUUGCCAAGUUAUCAUUAUCCAUAGGACUAGAAAUAUUACAAUGCAUAUUUACACUACUAGCAUCCAUUAUAUCAAGAAAAUAAUUAUAACGCUCAUUACUAAAAUCAUGACUAGAUAAAUGAUAAUUACAGAUAGCAGCAAUAACAUUUGUAAGAUACAGACGAUGAUUUCUAGAAUUUCAACCACUAGGAUAUAAAUGAUGAAGCCAUUAAUGCAGGUACAAAUCACGAAGAAAGUGAAACCAAGAAAUCCAAGUUGCAAGAGUGCCUUAAUGCCUAUGGAAUAAGUCUUAAUGAAAUUUCACCUAGUAAAAUACUAGAAAAUUAUCAGAAAUAGUUUGAAUAGGAAAAAUAACUUAUUAAAAAAGGGAAAGAUGAGGAGUCAAAAUCUCAUGAUGAUAUUGUAAAGCAAGAAAAUUAUUAAAAUAAGGACAUUGAAAUUUCCACAAAAUAAGCAGCAAGAUAGACUGAAAAAUCUUCAUCAGGGGAAAUAAAAAAAACUAAAAAAGCAAAAAAUUAUGAAUACAUAUAAUAAACACAAAGUAAUCAAGUAAAGGAAGAGAAUUAAGUUCAAAGCCGUCAAUCUGUUUCUAGCGAAGAGAAGGCUGAAUAAAAUUAAGCAGUGACAGAUAUAAAAGGCAAAAAAGGUCUCUAAGUAUUCCCAAAAAGGAUAUUUAUCUAUAUUGUUUAGGAUGACUUGAAAGAAUAUUUAGAGAUGCUGAUAAAAGAAAAGAAACAGAAGACUAAAUUUGGAAAAGAUAGGGGAAAGAACUUAAGAGAGUAUAUUAUUGAGUUUUUAAUAUUAAUUUAGAAAUUUAAAAAACUCGCAGAUUUAAUUGCAAAAAAAGCUCACAGCUAAAAGGAGGUAUAUGACCCUAGAUUGAUAGACAAAUAUGCUAAGCGACUGAAACUAGACUACAGUAUUUGGCCAAACUGUAUAAAAAGAUACUAAGAGUCAAUAUCUUUGAUGGCUGAUAGAUUGAACACUAAGCAAGUAAAGGAAUCAUGGCGAUAGGAUAAGGCAUUUGAUGAUUCUGAAGCAGUCUUUGACAAUUUCACCCAAUUAGGAAAACUCAUAUAUUUCCAAUGCCUAGCAAACAAGGACGCCAAUAUCUGGAAAUGA